AUGGUUCCCUUCACUGUGGUAAGAGCUUAUUCUGUUUCGCAGCAAGCAACUCGGCGAUUGAUCAAUUUCGAGACAAGUGACCUUUUUGCCCAAUCAUGCCGGGAUAACGAGUGUUUAAGCCAGUUGGCGAACAUCAUUAGAAAAACUCAAUCCGAUAAAAUUAGCGAUUUGAAGCCAUUGAAAUCGUCCACGAUCAACUCAGAUAGGUCUUUACCGAUACCCGUGUUCCCAAGGCAAGAAAUCUUUGACCAGGUAGACCAAGACGUCGCAGUUCAACAAUGGAGAAAGUUUCCCACCAAAUGGUUUCGAUUCGGUAAAUUCGUCAUCAAAAACUAUACAUCGAGCUUACGGAAUAUGUGGGGAUUGUUCAAAGAUACGCGAGUGAUCCACAAGGAAUAUCGCGAUUUCAACAAACUUGUGAUGAGUACUUCUAAGACCAUUGAAUUCGCAGAAAUUGAAGCUAAAGUAACGAAGAGCCCACUGAAAUCCUUGCAAUUGACUAGAAUCCAGUUUCAAGAAUAUCGCAGAAGAGGUGAGUUUUACAAAGUGCCAAGUUUUCUGCUUAUUUUACUUCUUUUCGAAGAGUUUACCCCCGCGUUGUGUUAUGUGUUUCCAUCACUGGUACCGUGGAAUUGUCUCACUCCUAGUGCAUAUAAGAAAUUAUCCAGCAAAGGUGCUAAUGUGAACUUGCAUGGCGAUUUAACGAAAUCCAAUGAAUAUUUGUCACCUUACAAUGUACCAAUUGACAAGGCUGUGGAAUUUUUGGCGAACAAGAGAGUUCUGUCGCGUUGGCAAACUGUGUUUUACCGAAUCGCUGGUAAUAAUGACAAAAUUUAUGAAGCCUUGGCUCAAUACAAUCAAUAUCUGUUGGUAGAUGAUUGGUUGUUGCUGACACAUAUUUUUGAAGCGGGAACCAUUGAUUUGAGUAAUCGUGAACUGAUCAAUGCCAUAUUCGAGAGGCAAUUGUACAAUGCGUCAGAAGAUCUUGGCACAAUGAUUGUUAACGAACAAUCCCGAAAGACUUUCCUCUACAGGCUCAUGUUCUAUUUGGCCUUCAGGUAUAAUAGUACCUUGAGAGCAGGUGGUGACAAACAAUUCACAGAGGCUUGGGGUGUCAAUAAUAUUGCUAUCUUGAAUAUUCCUGGCACUAGCCGGUUUCUGGAGCCAAGGGAUUUAGAUAAGGUUAAAUAA